AUCAGUCUAUUGAUUUAUCAGUUUAUCAGUUAUUCAGUGCUGGUUCUGUGCUUAAUGAUUUAAACUUCAGCUGCUUGUUUAUUGCUGGUUCUGUGCUUGUUUAUUGCUGGUUCUGUGCUUGCUUUAUUACUGGUUCUGAGCUUGUUUAUUGCUGGUAAAAGUGCUUGUUUAUUGCUGGUUUUGUGCUUGUUUAAUGCUGGUAAAAGUGCUUGUUUAUUGCUGGUUCUGUGCUUGAUUUAUUGCUGGUUCUGUGCUUGUUUAUUGCUGGUUCUGUGCUUGAUUUAUUGAUGGUAAAAGUGCCUUGUUUAUUGCUGUAAAAGUGCUUGUUUAUUGCUGGUUCUGUGCUUGAUUUAUUGCUGGUUCUGUGCUUGUUUAUUGCUGAUAAAAGUGCUUGUUUAUUGCUGGUUCUGUGCUUGUUUAUUGCUGCUUAAUGAUCUAAACUUGUUAUUGAACUGAUAUUGUUUAACUUAUUGAAUUAAUCCAAUUCAAAUUUUGCUCUUUUUCCCCUCUUUGAUUUACGGAUUUUAUAUUUUGGUGCUUAGCCUUUGUCUGGUUCUGAAGUACUUUUUCUUUAAAAUCAAGAUGUAGCUGCUGUUCAUAAAUCACCUGUAGUGUUUGGCUGUUUGCAUCCAUUUAAUUGCUAUUUGGGGUCCAAUAAUUUGUGAUUGUAAGUACACUUGUUAACAGGGUUUGUAAAUUUUUGCAAACGUAGAAACACUUUGUGGUAGGUAGAUCAUAACUAUCCCCAUCCAUUGACUUGAAAAAAGAUUAGUUGUUCUGCACUUUUCUGUCUAACUGUCUUAUGGCAUUGCAAAAGGCUAUAAAAUUGUCAUUAUUCAUGCAUUAAAUUUUUUUAAUUAUAUUGCCAUGAUUAUUCAAUAGUGUGAAUGCUCCAGCAAUUAUUAGCAUUGUCCUCUGCAUUUGCUUGUACUCUUUGAAAAGGAGACUUCAGCUGCCUACCUAACUUCACACAUGUCGUGUGAUCAAGUUGUGUUCUUAAGUGGUUGAUGCUUCUAUUAACGUGUCUAUAUUGAUUUUACGGAUGAGCAUUAACAUAAUGGAAGAUUGUCUUGUUUUCACGACGAAUUCUUCCUCACUACAAACCAUUGAAGCUUGUUAUUUUGUCUUUAGAUUUGGAAAGAUGUGGCAGCUCUCGCAAUUGCUGUAUGACGCCAGUUCAAGUGAGAAUAUGGGCGACACUGGAUUGCCUCCAGUUCCUAUUCCGAAUGAAUCAACAAGCAUCAGAUCUCUGACUGCAUUGCCUCCUGUGCCAGCUCCUCAACGAAACACAAGGAAGCUUGCUAGUAGAGGCCAACGGAAAAGGCAGGCUGUUGAAGAAGCUCCCGUUGAUGACUCUGCUGAAACUGAGACCGACGAAGUUGUUCUUGAUCCUAGGUAUAAGCUUCAAUUGAUUAAGUGGAGUUUUGAAAAGUUGUAUGAAAAAGAAGAUGCUAAAUUCUUAACUUCAAAGGUGAAGGAGACGCUUUUCAAGGUGUUUGAUAGCUACAGGCUGUUUGGUGGUGACUAUCUAAGGUCUACUCGGCAAGAUCCUCCUGAAAUUAGCACACAAGAGCUUGAGGCACAUGAAACUUCUUUUGCUAUGGAAUUUGAGAAGGAAAUGCAAUUCAAUGCGGGUGUUAAUAAGAAUUAAGUGGAGUUAUAUCUUAUGGAGGCAUUAGAGAAGAGUGGCGUGUAAUUCGACAUUCUAAAUCGGUGGAGAGUGAAUUCCACUAAAUUUCUAAUUCUUGGGCAGAUUGCAAGAGACGUCUUAGCCAUGCCAGUUUCUACAGUUGCUUCAGAAUCGGCAUUUAGUACUGGAGGAAGGUGUUGAAUAAUUAUAGGAGUUUUCUAACUCUGAUGACAGCUGAAGCGUUAAUUUGUACCCAAAAUUGGCUCUGAAACUCUCCAAAACUUGUCCUUGAGGAACUCAUCGAGGAAUUGGAGAAGUUGGAAUUAGAAGUUGCACCUACUCGUGAUCCCAAUGAAAAAGAUUCUGGUGUUGAGUCUGAUUGAGUACAUCUUGUUAAGUUGUUAUGAUUGGUUUGCAUUAAGAAGUUUAGCUAUUUUGUUGGAGAAGACACCAUAACUUUGCUAUCAGUUUAAUGACAAUUUAUUUUUAUUUUCAGUUGUGUUGAUUGUCGAACUAUUGAACUUCUUUAAUUGUCAUAUUUGAAUUCUGUUAUCGUUAUAUUUCAUUAGAUCAAGACUUUGUUAUCUAUUGUG